AUGAUUUCGUCUGGGAUGUACUCCAAGCCCCACCAGAUCCCAGACCCGUACGCAUUCGUUGUACCCGUGGACACCUCUCCUUCGCCCGGACGUCCCGCCUCCCCAAUCGCCCCGCGCCCCCAGCCCCAGCUCCCCCCCACCCCCAUGCGGCCUCUAAGCCCCAUACGCGGGCCCCAGGAUCUGGAUCUGGACCUGGCUGCAAAAAAGAAAAAGGGACUGCUCUCGAAAGCCCUGAAAGCAGAAGAUCUCUCAGAGGACCCCAGGAACUUCCUCCCGCUGCCCGUCUACCCGUCCGUGAAGUACCAGGUGCUGAACGCGGAACCCCUGUUCCUGAGGGACACCGGGCGAGAGCUGAUGGGCAACGCCAGCCUGCUAGCCCAACGUCAGACCUUCAUGCUGCUGCCACCGGGCAACAUCAGUGGGCAGCAGCCGCAGCCGCAGCAGCACCAGCUGCCUCUGCCAUCCAUCAACGCCAGCUACGGGCGCAUGUCCGUGGAGAGAACCAUGCCCCCCGAGCUCCUGCAGACCGGCCCCAGGAUCCGGGCCUUCAUCCUGGCCAAGCAGGUGCGCUCCUCUGCCCCCAUCAUGCGGGUGCUGUUCCACGCCUCCCGUAGCUACGGCGCCAUCUACCCCAACAUCAGCACCACCAACAACAUGGGUCCCGACUCAUCGGCUCCCCCUAGAGCUGGGCCGGGGAAAGGCGGCUACAUCUGCGUGAUGACCUACGCCUUCUGGGAGACGCGGGAGGUGCGAGGCGCCUGCUCCCUCCCCGCCGAGGGAGGCUCCUGCCUGGCGCGCCUCAAGCCCGAGCCGGUGUGGUUCGGCCUGGGCGGUGGGGGUAGGUCCGGCAGCAGCAGCCGGGAGAAGAUGGGAGCGGGGGCGGGAGCAGGAGCAGGAGGAGGAGAGGGCCCCGGGAACAACGUGGAGCUGUACUACACCACCAGGCCCAGCCCCACCAGCCAAUGCUCCCCGCAGGACAGCCAGAGCCGCAGCAGGGGUGGCCAGCUGGGCAUGGCGCUGCGCUACGGCGUCAACGGGGGCCCCCGCAUCAAGAGGAUCGGCAGCCUGACGCUGCUGCGCUCGCCGCCGGGGAACCCCACCUUCAUGAGGGUGCGGCUGGGGGGCGCGCUGGUCAUCCAGACGUCCUCCAAGCCUGUCAAGACCUCGGACACCGCCACCUUCUACGUCUUCCUGCCCAGCGCAUCGCCUGUGGAGAGAUUCAUACUCAGGAGCACGGUGAAGAAGGGCCUGUCCUUCAGCGCGGCGCGUCCCAGUGACCCCACCCUGUGGGAUGUGGCCCUAGAACCAGGCAGACCAGAGGACCCCCCCUACACACUCUACGUAGUCUGCCAGAAGAAGAGCGCUAUACCUGGGAAAAGGGGUCUACUGGAGGUGCUGCAGCUGGACUUUGAGGCAGAGGAGUUCAGCGACCAAUCAGACGGCCAGCUGAUCACGUGGCAGCUGGAGUUGCCUGGCAACCUGAAGGAUGAGGGAAGCAUGACCAUCUACACCACGCUGAAGGACUUCAUUGGCCUGGCUCCGCUAGUCACGGACACAGAGAUCCUGAACACCGCCAUCCUGACGGGUAAGAGGGUGGCUGUUCCCGUCUCCAUCUUCGCCGUGGAGGCUGACGGCUCCGUCACGGACAUCACCAACGCCACCAGCUGCCAAACAACCGACCCUGACAUCCUCAAGGUGUCCGAACGCUGUGAUUUUGUCUACCUGGACGGGAAGGAGACGGGUGGCAGGGUGGGGAUGCUGGUGAACUUCACCUACAGCUACCUGAGCGCCCAGCUGGAGGUCAGCGUCUGGAUGCCGCGUCUGCCGCUCCACAUCGAGCUCUCCGACUCCGAGCUCAGCCAGAUCAAGGGCUGGAGGGUGCCCGUCUCCAACAGCAACACCAAAAAGUCCAGCUGGGACAGCGAGGAGGAUGAGGAGCGUGGGGGUAAGGGCCGCGGCUGCAUGCUGCAGUACCAGCACUCCCGCGUGCGCGUCCUGGCGCCCUUCCUAGCCAGCCCCGCGGACCCGUCCGCCCCCAUGGCCUUCUUCCUGGGGCCGGAGUGGCAGGUGGACGUCACGCGCCUGCUGGAGGGCUCCAUGCGCGUCGCCGACACCUCGGUGGCACGGAUGCAGGGUGGCAGCGUGCUGGCCGGGAGAGGUGUCGGAGUUACGACCGUACAGGUGAUGUCCCCGCUGUCGGACUCGGUGCUGGCGGAGAGGAUGGUGCGGGUCCUGGAUGACAAGGUGUCCAUCACGGAGCUGGGGGUGCAGCUGGUGUCUGGCCUGUCCCUCAACCUGCAGCUCAGCCCGGGCAGCAACAGGGCCAUCGUGGCCACCGCCACCACACAGGAGCUCAUGCAGACACCCAAACAGGAAGCCCUCAUCAGUCCCUGGGUGACCUUCAGCGACGGCUCCUUGACCUCUCUGGACCUGUACGACCCGAGCGGCUACACGCUGGGCGCCAGCUCGCUGGACGAGGGGGUGGCGUCCGUGCGGAAGGGCCCUCACCCGCAGCUGUCGGCCGUGGCGGAGGGAGACGGGCAGGGCCCGCUGCUGCGCGUGGAGCUGGGCAUCUGCGAAGCGUGCCAGAAGUCCAAACGCAAGAGCAAGCUAGCCGUGGGUAGCGGCAGCGUGCAGGUCAAGAUGCUGCCCGCUCCCGUGCCCGCCACUGACCCUGUGGAGGGCGUAGGGGAGGGUGGGGGCACGGGCGUGAACAAGGGCAAGACAGAGACUGGUGCACCAGCAACAGGAGUGCAAGGAGGAGCCAAUAACAACAACGCAGACAUCAUCAUCAAGGGUGAUGCCAAGACGCCCCGCAAGGCGCCCGAGUUGCUGACCUCCCCGAGGGCCGUUCCCCUGAACAUCUACACCCAGGCCGUGCUGCGGGACUCCGGAGCACCGCGGGAACUGAGCACCACCUCCACCCUCCAGGAGGCGCUAGGGGUAGCGGCGGUCUCCACCGCCCAGGGCAUCAGCAGCACCACCACAAGGGGGACGGUGGCCCCUACCCCGGGCCAAGCAGGUGGUGGUGGCGGAGGUGGUGGUGGUGGUAGUGUCAUCCCCAGGAAAGACAUGGGGAACCUCCUCAUGAACUCCAUCUCCCACCUGGGUCCCGAAGGACCAGGACCGUCGCAGCAGGACUUGUUCCGCAAGAACAGCGUCCCGAAGGCCAUUGUGCCCCCCUCCAAGGCUAUUGUGCCAAAGAAGAUCGAUCGCUCCUCCUACGACAACGACGACACCACCACCGAGGACCCAUCCACGUCCAUGGAAAGUGAUCUGGUGCGGCGGUUUGGCAUGUCUGCCAGCGACCUGGAGAUCUGCAUCUACGCACUGGUGGGCGUGUCCUGUCUGGCUAUUCUGGGCUUCCUGCUCAACUGCGCCACCUACAGCAUGAGGUCGCACGGCAAGAAGAGUGUGGCACAGGUGCCCGACCCCCAGGAUCACCGUCACCACUGGGUCCGCCUCAGCGCCCACUCCCACUCCUCCGCCUCCGACCAGGGCCGCCCGCCGAUGCCGCACCACCACCAGCACCACCACCACCAGCACCACCCGCAAGCCCCCAGCGCCAACCCUGGCACUGGCUCUCUGCAACCCAGCUGCGGCAAAGCCCACCACGGGGGCUCUAUCCACGGCCAUCCCAGCGGGAAUCCCAGCGUCGUUGGUGGCGGCCCACCACCCACCACCACCACUACAAACGUGGUCCCUCCGACGCCCGUACCCUUCGAGCGAACUGCCACCCUGGGGCGCCGCGCCAGCUCGCACCACCAGCACCAGCACCAGCCUCCGUGCCGCACCAACUCCAUGAACUCCUGCCGCUCGGCCACGCUCCUGGCCAAGCCCACGCGCGCCAACGAGCCCCUGCACUCGCCCACCAGCAAGCGCAACCAGGUGCAGUUCACCACCUUCACCACGCUGGACAUCAAGCACCUGGCCGCGCUCAAGCGCAACGGCAUGGAGGUCAGCUGGGCCGCGCCGGUGGUCUCCAACUACGCGGAGCCCAAGGCGGCGUCAUCACCACUGCCUGAUAUGACCUACCCCACCGCCACUCCACACGUGCAGGCGCCACACAUGCAGGUGCCACACAUGCAGGCGCCACACAUGCAGGCGCCACACAUGCAGGCUCCACACAUGCAAGUGCCCCACGUGCAAAUGCCACACGUGCAGGCGUAG